AUGAAGGGGAAGGAGGAGAAGGAGAAGGAGAAGAAGGAGGGCGGCGCGGGGCUGCCCGGCGGAGGGGAGGCGGGCGGCGGCGGCGGCGGCGGUGGAGGCGGCGGUGGAGUCGGCGGCAGCCCGGAGAAGAGCCGCAGCGCCCAGGAGUACAAGGAGCAGGGCAACCGGCUCUUCGUCGGCCGCAAGUACCCCGAGGCCGCCGCCUGCUACGGACGGGCCAUCAAUCGCAAUCCCUUGGUCGCCGUCUACUACACCAACCGCGCCUUAUGUUACCUGAAAAUGCAACAGCACGACAAGGCUCUGGCCGACUGCAAGCACGCCCUGGAGUUGGAUGGGCAGUCGGUGAAGGCCCACUUCUUCCUGGGACAAUGCCAGCUGGAGAUGGAGAAUUAUGACGAGGCCAUUGCUAAUCUUCAAAGAGGUGAGUGGGGAAGAUCCCUGGGUAUCCUAUGGCUCAAG